AUGGACGACCAUUGGGAGCUUAAAACCGUGAAAAAUCUAAAGGUUAGGCAAACUGCGCAGAACUUUCGAAAUGAGCUACUAUGUAGAUAACAAUACUAACUAACUAUGCUAACCAAAUAAUUAAGUAACUAAGCAAAUAUAUAUCUAACUAACUAACUAAUUAGCAAACUAACUGACUAGCUAGCAAACGAUCUAACAAACUAACAAAGUACCUAACUACCUAACCAACCAACUAACUAAAUGUACUAACUGGCCAACUUAAUGAUGCAACUACCUAACUAACCAUCUAACUGACUAACUAUCCGACCCACUAACUAACUAUACCAACCCACUAACUACUUAUGUUGACUAGCCAACUAACUAACUUUACAAACUAACUAGCCAAAUAACUAACCAAAUAACUGACUAAAUAGCCGACCAAUUAACUAACUAACUAACUAUGCCAACCCACUAUCUUUUUAUACUAACUUACUAACUGAUUAACUAUGUAACUAACCCACUAGCUAAGCAUACUUACUAACUAGCCAACUAACUAUAAUAACUAACUGGCUAACUUUACUAACAAACCGACUAGCUAGCUAACUAUACUAAAUAACUAACUAAAUUGUGGUUGAGCUGAUUGAAACUAUUAAAGGGAGUACUAUAUAAUAACUUCUUAUUUGACCAACUUCCUCAAUUGACCGACUUUCUUAAUGACAUCUUUAUGGUCUCCUUGUAAUUGGAAGUAUAACUCAGACAUAAUUUUGCAAACUUUAUACUCAUGAUUAUUCCAGAUGCCCACGCAGCUCACAUGAAAAUCUUCGACCAAUCACUAUCCAGCACCCUGAUACCCGUCCGCAUAUUGCGUUCUUUAGUCACUCACCAUGCUUCCCAUUCAUUUCGCUUCAUUUUUGACCGUGCUGCUGGUUCUUCUUCAAUGCCACUGUUACGUAACACCCUGUUACGGUCUUUGAAAUGUAUUGCUGUUGUGCAGUGCCUCAUUGGUUGUGUUUCCGUCCGUCUCUUCUGUACCUGUGUGUUUUUAUGUUCCCUUCUACUUCGUUAUCGAUUUGGCUCGCCUUCCCGCGAACUGCGUCCGUGUUGGUACUGACGAUUUACGCUAUAUGCUUCCUCGCCUUAGGUUUUCCCAUCCUCUUUUCUUUCUAAGCGUCCUGAUGCUUGGGUUGUGCUUAACAGCCUUAGUUUCCCGAUAACGUUUGGUCUCCUAGGUCUAGACCUUCGCUAGCCGGUUUGACUUGCGGGCUAGUGUAGACCUAGUAGCUUGACUGGCUGACAGCGCGCGAUCUAUGCGAGGAAGAGAGUUUUUCUGCCACAGUCCCUCCCUGAUGCUCACUCGAGUGCAUUUUGCACGUCACGCCUGCGGGCCCCUUUGCGCGUACGAACGCAUACGGGGUCUCUAGCUCCUAGCAUCGUAGUACUUUUCGCCAUUUGAACACACGGAAGUGCGCCUGCUUUUUGUUGUCGACCAUAUAUGCAACGGCAAGACCAGAAAUUUAGGACAGCUUUAGAAAAUCGCAUUUACUUGUUUUACGUUUACGUAUUUCUGCAACUGGGUCGACCUGACAAGGUCCAAAGGCACCCCGUAGGUCGGUAAAUAUGAAACUCCGUCUAUCUGGAUCUUCUUACGUUGGUUUUCUUAAUAUUGAUAAACCUUUGUCUUACCGAACUCUCUCUCCCUCUGCCAUUUAAGUAUCUUAGGACCACUGAAUCUCCAAUACUUGACAUAUUUCAUCGAAGGCGUCAACAGGAUCAUUACUACUGUCUAAUCACAGCAUUAGGAGACUGGCAUCAGCUGAUUCGGUUGAAUGAUUAAUGAUAGUUGCUAACACGUUGCUUUGGGGCACCACUCUUUGACGAAUACACCGACAAACUGUCUUAUUACGAGGAGACCGCUGACCGACGAGUUCAGGGGAACUCAGUAAAGUACUGUGGAAAAUAAAGCAGUUUAAAUUAAAGCUCUCCACUAGGCGGCCAGUAUUUGUAGACAGUAGUGUUCGUUACCAUCAGCUUUCGGAAUAUUAUCUGCAACCUACGGGACAGCGAGCCCAUAGCUCUAUGAUUGUGGCGUUGGACUUCUAGCCAGCAGGUCGCGGGUUCGAGCCGCAAGGGUUGGAAAACCUUGGGUCGGGUGUAGCUGACUGAUGACAGUUAACAAGUCAGAUAUGGUCAUUCCAGUCUCCCUUGUCCUUGUCGCUAAUAUCAUUCUGCCCAUUUUCAAUACGCUGUAUCCUAGAUUUUGCGCAGAAUUUCGUCCAGUUUUUCCUGGAGUCAUACCGAGGAACGCGCUUUUGGAUUUAUAGUUUUGAAUAUAACCGUGGAAAUGCUAGAUGUUUUGGACUGAAUCCUUUGCGAAUCUGUGGCCUCUGGGCUACCUUAAGGAGUCUACCAUACUGCUUCAGAAAACGAAGUAGCGCGGCCACUUUGACAACAGCUGAGUCGUUUCCCUUUUAUCGCCGUAUAUGGUAUUCAAAACUUCGGAUUUAUAUCGUCAAGUAUGAUAACUUAUGUGCUUAUGGUCUGCACCGUUUUAGCUGACUUUGAUAUCGUCGGUGUUUGAAGCAAAAAUAGUUUGAUACGUUCAGUUGUAGACGGCUGAGAUCGAAUGAUAUUUAUGAGACCACCAGUCCUGCUAAAGGAUGGUGCUCAGAAUUCUCGCGUUGCACAAUCCUCAUGAUGUUUUCGAAAUAUUAGCGUCAGAGAUCCAGUUUUACGAUAAUCGUUGUCCUCUGCCCGCCUAGGUCCUCACAAAUGUUCAAGGAUUUAUUUUUCACCCAACAGGGGCUUCUAUUUAUUCCGUGGUUGGCUAAACUACCAUUCGUUUCAGCCGACACACGGCUUGCACAGAAAUUGGUGGAGCGUUGGCCAAAGUCCGAAAGUGGGUUUGCAAAUAAAAAAAGCCAAGUAUAAUGGGAUUCCGCAACUCGUACAUCUUUACCCAUGACAUUGGGUUUUUAAAUGCCCGUAAACAUUUCGAAGUGCUUUGUGAGCUUUUCUUUCUAUAAACACCUGCUAUUUCUCGUCACGUUCAUGUGAAGGCGUAUCCUCUCACACAAAGUAUUGAAGUAUAGCUGAGGCAGUUUAUAUGCUUCGUCUGUGAGCAACACACAUUUUUCCACGCACUUCCGAGCUAAUUAUCUGAAGUACUGCGUUAGCAACGAUUUUUUCCGAUGUAUGAUCGAUAUGAAAGUUGUACAAGAUUCUUAGUCAGUAGCUAGUACUCUAUGAUAUAUCAGUUGACCUGAGAUUAUGCGCCGUGUUUAUCGGCGUUGCUAACACACUUAAGUAGUUUUAACUUUUUGAAGGAAUAUUCACCUAAUCCGGUAAAGGGUCGAUGAGUUUGUGUAACUGUUCAUUUUCCCCAGAAGCCUAAUACCAGCCUUUUUGUUCACUGACCAAGCUAAUGAACCUCAUCUUUAACAUUCUCAGGAGGUUCUGUUUCAGUGCCCUUCUAGAUAGCUUAAGAGACUAACCAGCUUCUUCUCUACAAACAUUCUUAAUGCUCAAUGGCCACCGACAAUAUCCUUUGAAAGCUGUGUUCUACCAUAAUACCAGCCGCCAUAUUUGUCGGCAUAAUCUGCGAAAGCCACUGAGUCUCAAGUCUUCGAACACCUUAAUCGAAUGAAACGGCAAGAGGACGGUCUUACCAUUACCCAGUGCCCUGUUCACUAAAGAAUAACGGGCAAAAAAGUAGCGGACCUGACAAAUACAGGAAGCUUCCAAUCACACGAAUAAACGAGUUAGUACCCGAGUCACAACCACGUCACGGUUGCCGGCGAAAGGUAGAACGUAAAAACUAAAAAGGGAUUCAGGGGAAGGCGCUCCCUAGGGUUGUGCAGGUGCCCCUUAACUGGCCACAUAGUGGUCACCAGUCACAUUUUCGCUAUUGAUAAAAGAAAAUAUACCAGCUGAACUGUGAUAACUGCAGAAAUGAAAGCAGAGACGCCAUGGUACAAUGUCACUCCAUAGUCUAUUCCGAGCGCGAGCUAGACAGCGCAUGGGCGACUUCCAGUCCCAAAAAGCGUUGGCAAAACCCGAACGAUAAGGUCCAGCUGCCUAACGCUUUAGUCCGUGAUGACAAUUACUCGUCCCUGUCUGUACAAGAAAACUUACUAUCAGCCACCAAAUAAUCACCAGACUUAAACCCACCGCAAACACUCUCGGCCACGGCUGCAGUCAGGCCCUGUGUCGACGGGAUUCGUCCUUCCAACAAGCAUACCCUGCCGUCUAUUCUACUCCCGCGAUGCCGGGGCCUCUAACGUGGGUGAAAAUAGCUAAAAUGUCCAAUUGCAGGUCGUGAGUCUGUGCAUUUUUCUCCGUCCUACCAACUCCGUCCAUGAUAGUCCCGCUGCUGGAUCUGCUCUGCCUGCCCGACGUAUCCUUAGGCCACUUGUCCUUAAUCAGCAAGCCUGACAUACGAUCACUAAACGAACUUAGCCCCUUGAGUACAUUAAAUUCUAGUGUACGUUGCCAACGUUUCGGAUUACCAAUUUUUACUACUAGACAAUAAUUCGCAAAUUUGAACAUCACGUAACCUCACCUUUGAGAUAGAAAGCAUUCGUAUUGAACGUUAACUUUGGAGUUCGGACCGAGUCUUAAAAGUCCUCUUCUAAACUUCUUACAAUAGUACUACCGUCACCAUCGGCUGACAACGUAGCAAUAUUUUUAAGUUGCCAACUAACAUACUUGAAAAUUGGAAAGUGAGUGGAACGGUGGAAAGGCACAUUAUAUGGAUAGGAUUAGGGACCUCGCCUGUACCGUCUUCGCGAAUCCUAACGAAUGUGCAUGAAUUUAUCAUAAACUCUGUGAAACGUAAUUAUAUAGUCGUUCUGCUAGCCAGAAGUGGUAAGCACCGACGUUAGAAAAUGUAAGAGGUCCGGGUCGAUAAUCUGAGAGAUAUUAAGGGUGCAAUCCCACUGAUCCGGUAAGCCCUUCAUAUUUCUUGAUUUUGCACGGUUAUGCCGAGUUUCAAGUUCUAUCAGGUCCAUCUUUUGAAACCAACGCCCUCUCCCCUGACCCGAAGACACUGUGUCCUCCCAUCCUUUUACCUGUCUAUCUUUUUAAGGUCCACGGUUUUUCUCAUCAUCAGUAACGCGCCUUAACUGUGAGAACCGUUCUGCCUACAUUACCAGUAGUGCGAACCAACCCCUUUAAACCUGCUUCAUACCAUUUGGAGCUGAGCGUCCCUGCAUAUUGCCGUAAUGGAUACCCACGUGAACACGGUAUACAAUUUUUCUUAUUAUAUCCCAGUAGUCUGGAAUCCCCACACGGUUUCACCGCAAAAAAGUCGAACAUGAGGCUCGUAAGUCGAAAUCUGCCCAGCGGCAGUUGAGACGCAUCGCCACCGUGAAUUCUGAGCGGGCGGGGUAAGCAGCUACUGACUCAUAGGCCUAAUCUCGCUAAAGAUUCGUAGAGAAGACGGACGAAAAUGAGAUUCUCGACCAGGACAUCAUAUUAAAGCAAGUUGAUCUGGGUUCGGCCACUAAGGUAGGUUUGCCUUUUCUCGUUUUUAGCUUCUAGCGAUUUGAACUCACUCUAAACGCUGGCCCCUACCACAUCGAUUAUUCUAGAAACGGACGGUAAGAAAAGAAGUCAUUUUUAUAUUCGGUCCCAGGUUUCUCUCCUUAUGUGGAAAGCGUGGUCACGUUGCGGCCUUUGAUUGGAUGACUAAGCGUCUGCUAUUUGAGACAAACGUCGGGGAAGAAUGCCACGACGUCAAGUACCGACCGUUAUAUUGGCAUACCUUUCAUCCUCAACUUUUUUAAGGUUCCUACAUCAAGAAACAGCUAUCGCUGUCGCACAGAAAGGCUACACGUACAUUUACGAUAAUCAGGGUAUUGAGCUGCACUGCCUUAAGCGUCUCGAUGACAUACGACAUCUGGAGUUCCUGCCCUAUCACUUUCUGUUGGUGGCCAUGGUAUUCUACCGCUUGUCCCAUGACGCCUCUACCCAAGGCAAAUAAUGGUUUUAUGUACUAUUUAGACUAUUCGAUCGGCGAAAUUGUCGCUUCUUAUCCUACCUUCCUCGGCUCCCUUGGUGUUGCCUGUCAAAACCCCAGCAAUGCAGUUAUCCUCACCGGCCAUCCCAGUGGCGUAGUGUCCAUGUGGACUCCGACUGAGAAAAAUCCAGUUGUGAAAGUGCUCUGCCACAAGUCGGCCGUUCGGGCCAUUUCUGUCCACCGCUCAGGCCAGUAAGUGUGUACCUAUUUUCUCCACCUUUUCCUAAAAGGUACCUUGCCUCGUGCGGUCUGGAUCGAGCACUAAAGAUUUGGGAUCUGCGAUCGACAUACGACUGUCUAGCUGAGGUCACCCUUCCAACGCCUGCCAGUUCGAUCGAUUUUAGCCAGCUAGGAUUGCUUGCAAUCGGUUCCUCUACAACGGUCCAGGUUAGUCGAAAAUUGCUGUCAGAGGAAUUGUUUGCUUCUACUACCUCAAGUUGUUUUGACAUUUAUAAUUUUCUUCUACUUCUUUGUGAUCUGUCGUCUUGAAAUACAAUGGUAAAAAUCUUCGAUAUCGUGUAAAGCCAACUAAAAAGACCGGAAUGGCUUCAACUGGCGUGUCUACGGUCUAUAGUCAGUCGUAUCUCAAUUCUAGGCCGGUAGCUUUGAAGUCCAUUACGUUUCCUCAACACUUCGCCUUCUGUAAGGUGACGGUGUAUUGGAGGCGCUAGGUAGAUCUCUUGGCCAAGUAGUAGUUUGUAUGAUUCGUUAGCUCUAUUCGAAAUUUUUGCUGUCGAGUGUGGCUCCUGAAAUAACGAAUGCUCAAGCAGAUGAGGCCAUCUGUCAUCUACAGGUUGUAAUAUGGUCACAGAGUCGGAAGGCCAGUUUAAAACUCCAGAAGAGGAUGCAGGCCGAGAGUGGUCUGACAUGGUAACCCAUUUUUCUCAAUUCCAUAUUCGAUGGUGUCGAGACCUUUCGUCAAAGUGAUGACUGCAGGGCACGAUAAUUUCACGAGUCGUGGUUGUUUGAUACAUACUCAACCAAGCUGUGGGAUUUAGGCGCGGCUGGCCAACUCGCUGUCGAAAACUGAAACACAGAAAACGCCAACCCUGGGCGGAUGAGACUUCUAGUAACAACGAAUUCGCAGUCAGCUUUGGGGCCCAGAGUCGACCGACAGAUCCAGUGAUACUCUCACCGGGGCUGCGGACUAGACUCGUCAGUCACUAAUGGUGGGCAACAUUAUUUGCUUGAAACAUCUGGUCCCAGACUGACGUUCUCCUUGUUUCCCGAAAUUGUUUCUGAGUGAGUUACAGAGGUCAUGAACAGGCAGCCUCUUGCCAGGCCGAACUAGGCCAUGGGAGUGACGACGAAGAUGCGGAUGGUUUUGAUACCUGAACUUUUUCGGUUUUUUUCUGACUUUAUUCUGGCACAGCAAGCCUGAGCAUCAUUUGGGAGCGGGGUCACAAACGUGCAAACGCACACGUCACAGAUGGUUCACAUACAGGACUUAUCACAUAGUCCUGAGCAGUUCGUCGGUGCCUCUUCACCUGUCAUUGUCACUGUAGAUGGAGCAUUUAUUCAUGGAGAAUUGUAUGUGCACUGAUCCUUUGUCUUCCCGAACGCCCCUUCUGUGCAUCAUCGCGUUGCGUACGUGCACAUUUUUGUGUUUUUGGUACCAGAUGUUGGCCAGAACGAUUAAUGAGUAAAUGCAGGCAAAAUAAACCUAAACGAGUUCUGUAUUUAUCCGAUAUCAUCCUUGUCUUCAUUACUUCUGUUAUCGUAGCCUGGCCGAGUUCGAUCUUUUUGUGACCUCCGUCGUCCAUUUGGAGCCUGUUUCGUUCGGCAAGUCAAUGGGUUGGUGUAUGUCCAUUCCUGAAUUGGCAGAAAUGUCAAUCAGGGACCAAAUAUUCCAAACAAGUAAAACUUUUCCCGAUUGUGGACUGAAUAUAAGGCAUAUAUGUCAGAAUUCUCGCAUUGACAGUCUGACCGCUUCCGCCGAUGCCCACCGUGUGCUCCACAGCAAGAUGAAGCAGGAACGGCGACUUGUGCGUGAUUUAGUUUAUAGUGAAUGUAGGCUUUCGCAGCAUCUAUCGCACUCUCUUCUCUUCCCCUUUCUGGACCCAGUGUCAAGACAAAGUCAAGAAGACCGGAGGCGGGCGAGGGCGCAGGUGGAUGGCACGGUCGAGACCGCACCCUGGGGCUUCACACCCCCUGAUGCACACAGCAAAUGACCAGGAUAUUAACCAACAGCAAAAGAAGAGGUUGGCGCGGCCGAAGUCCCACCUAGGCGUGCCGUCACACCUGGCUCGGAUUUCACGGAAUACGAGUGCCAUAAAGGCCUCAUUAAGAAGGAGCCAUUGCUGCCUGACUCUUAGAUUACCAGCUGACUGCGAGGUCCAAGUAAUCCCGUAAGUUGGCAACGUUCCAAGCCGCGGCUUGUAGUGCACCAUGAUAGCUUCAACGCGCGUCAGAUUGUUUAUAGUGACGGAAAUUCACUGAGUCGUCGACUUCACUCUCCCCUCCCAUUUCUAGGCCCCAGUUACCGUCCGAGCCGGUCAGUUGACAGUUGCGGGGAAUGGGCCUGGUGGCUGACAUCUAAUGACCUUGUCUGCGCGCGCCACAUGCACGACCUGGCCCUCCAAACACGAGCACCGGGAUUUCACACAACGGGGGUUCAACGGCGUACAUGUCAUCUGCGUGCGAGUGCCGUAUGUCAUGUUAAGAAGGAGCCGUUUCAUAAUGGCUCUCAGCCCACCAGUCUGCCACUUUACGCAAGCACUCACAAAACUGGACGGACUGCGUAGACUGAGUUGGGGCGUCAGUCAGCAGCCUUCCAAGCCACGGUGCUUGACGUACCGUGAUAGUCUUGGGCUCGGAUCACACAUGCAGCAGGGACCACAUCGAGACGGGACCGAGACGCACACUUCCCACACGCAUGGGAGGUGGCAGUUAGCUGCUUGUGGGGGAUGAUGAUGUUUUGUGAUGCAUAUGUUGGUGGGGGAAGAUGGCAUGGUGUGGUGUAGCCGGCGGUUGUAUACCGUAGGCCUUCGUGAGUGCGCGUGUGGCCUCACAAGUCCAUGUGGUGGGUGAAUGUGCGGGUGCAGUGAGGGCGGUUGAGGCGGAUGCGUCGGAUGUAUGCUGGUGCUCCAGGCACUGGUUCGCCAGUCUUUGUGCGAUGGAUUCACUGGCGGCCAACCAGGCCGAUGUGUGGGAUGAAUGUACGGGGACAGUGUGAUAGAAGUCUGUAGUGUCAGUGCCGGUUUCGGGGAUGGUUGCAGUGGUAGAGCUGUUGAUGAUGGACGCGCUGGGCUACAGAGUGUGCGUUGGACUAGGCGUGGUGGGCGUGCAAGAUGUGCUGAGUGUGGUGGAACUGAUGGUGGUGGGUGUGCUGGGCGGCGGGGUGUGCGUUGAGAUAGGCAUGGUGGAUGUGCAAGAGGUGCUGUCGAGACUUCGAUCAAUUCCGCUCUCAUGGAUACGCAUGUGACCGAAUAGGCCCAUGUGGUGAGUGAAUGUGCGGAGGCAGUAUGGACAGUGGAGGCGAGUGUGGCGAGUGUAGGUUGGUGCUCCAGGCACUGGUUCGCCAGUGCCUGUGCAAUGGAUUCUCAGGUGAUCGACCAGGCCGAUGUGUGAGGUGAAAGUGCGAUCUCAAUGGGGACGGGCAUGAAUCGAGUCCACAUCGCUGCGUGGACGGUCGGAAGGUUGAUGUCAGUGGGUGUGUCAGGUUUGUGUGCAGUGGUGGUGGGUACAGGAGCCGCUGUUGCGCAUGUUGAGGCAACGGAGGAGCAAGAUGGUAGUGGGAGUUCAGAAGUGCGGUCAGUGAUUAUUGUCGGCGUGGGGGCGAGGCGAGGGUGGGUGGGGUGACAUCGACUGGCGUCGUUCUGGUGCAGCAGUUGGUACGAAUAUGUCCAAUAAGUCCGACUGGUGCUCUGAACGUCCGUUUGCAUCGUGGGCGUGUUGGGGGUGGUCGAGCACUGCCGUUGGGAGGUGGGCGCAGUUGAGGCUUGCGAGCCUCGCGUUUGGCUUUGGCGGCGGUGAUGCCGGUGGCUUCGUAUACUGCCGCGCCGGUCUCCACUACUAUUCCCCGGGUCGGUCGGUUCCGGGCGAGGUCUUCACAGUUGGCUGGGUUGAUAUGCAGGCGCUUCAGGAAGGUCUUCAGAGUAUCCUUGUAGCGCCGGACUUGACCUCCUUGUCGGCGGAAACCCGCGGCGACAUCGCCAUAGAAGGGUCGUUUGGGUAACCACUCGUCGUCCAUCCGCAUGAGGUGGCCACGUCAACGUAGUUGAAGUUGUCUCAGUAUAGCGUGAAUGCUGAGGAGUCCCGUCCGCUCCUGUACGUCCGUGUCUGGAAUCCGGUCCUGCCGCCCCAGCUUCAGUAUUUGACGAAGUCAGCCGUAAUUAUUCCAGGAUGUGUUUUGCAGACGGCCGAAGGCUAGGCUGGCUUUAGAAAUCCGGUCGGCCACUUUAUGGUUGAUUUUGGUGUUACGGGAGGUGUUGCUCGGGUAGGUUUGCAACUGGGUGCCGUUCGCGUUGACUUGGGGUGCGACGUAAACAGAGUCAGGUGGCGGUUGAUGCAUAACCCUUGGCGCCCUUGGAAUCCUGCAGGACUUGUCCUUGAUGCCACAUCUAGAAGAGCACCGUCAGAUGAUCCGUGAGUUGAGAGCCACCGUGCUUCUAGAUCUCAGUAAGGAUCGCGUCCAACCCGGGCGCUUUCCCGCUGAGGAGCCGCUACACAGCCCUGAUGGUUUCGUAAACAGAGGGCGGGAGGUUGAGGUCGAUGUUGGUUUCUACUUGAGGCAGACGGGCGAUGCCGGCGUCGGAGAUGGUAGAGGUACGGUUGAGGACGCCUCCGAAGUGCUCGGCCCAUCGCUGCAGAAGUUGUGUCUUUUCGGUGAGUAGGGUACUGCCUUCGGCUCUGAGAAGAGGUGCAGUUGCCUUAGUUGGCGGACCGUAGACAGGUUUCCCUCGCGGUGCGGUCCGCGCAUCCUUGAAUUUCCUCGGUCUUGCGAGCCAUCCAGUCCUCCCGCAUCUCCCGCACAAGGCGGCGACUAUGGUAGAAGACUGCUUUGUUAUCGUCAGUAGGGCGAUUGACGUAGGCUUUGUGUAGGCGGUUCUCGGCGAGUAUAUUGCUGAUGGCGGCGUCGUCGUCGAACCAGUCCUGGUGUUGGCGGCGUGUGCGACCAUGCACAGUCAGGGCGGGCUACUGGACCGUAUCACUCAGUUGACACAAUUGGUUCCCCCAUGGAGGCGUUCUCGGCGACUGGAAGGUCAGCUAUCCGUUGAGCUAGCUCGUUGCUAAAAUGGAGAUGGUGAUCAGGCAAAGACAACAAAACAAUAUUCAGCCUACAUGUGGGUCGCUUACCUUGCGAUGUUCUGCGAGGCUGUGGGCGAAUACACAUCUUGGAGAUGAGACGGUGGUCGGUCCACCCGUCGGCGCCCGGGAUCGCGUUUGUCACCAGCGCGUCCUGCUGGUCUCGCCUUCGGACGAGGACAGAGUCCAAUAGGUGCCAGCGUCGCGAUUGAGGGUGCAUCCAGGUUGCCUUCUCUCGCGUCGGGAGACGGAAGGUGUUAGUCAGGAGGAGCCGUUGUUCUGCGCAGGUUCGUAGGAGGACAAUCAACUUAUCCGUCUUCAACACAGCCGCCAGGAGGGCGUGCAGUUCCUCCUAGAAUUUUUUCCUUGCAGCGUUAGGGCUGGUUAUCGGGGGGAGCGCAGAUGCUGAUGAUGGUGGCGAAUUUGCCUCCCCGGAGAGGCAGGCGGAGGCUCACCAGGCGAUCAUUGAUGCCCUGCGGCAGACAAGACAGUCGCUCCACGAUGUCGUUCCAGCUGACAAAGGCGACGCCCGCGUCCUCUCACUGCCUUGGGGCGACCACUCCAGGAGAUGGUAUAGCCGGCGCCCACCUCCAGUCGGCCUUUUUCGGAUACCCGGGUCUCGCUGAGUGCAGCGAUGUCCACCUUGUAGCACGCCAGUUCCCGAGCCACUAACUCCGUUCUCUGUUCCGGUCGGUUGCUCCUUGGAUUUUCUAAAAGGGAACGAGCGUUCCAGGCUGCCAGAGUGAACGGACUCACAAUACUAGCCUGUGGGUUGGGACGGCGGGGAGGAAGGGAGAGGAGGGAGAAAGUUUUGUAUCUUGUGUGAUUGGAGCCACGGUCAGCGCGCAGUGGACGUGAUCGCAGCAUCUGUUUAGAGCACCUUUCCUAACCCCUUCCCCCUCGCGGGGGUGAGCAGUUAUGUCCCUAAAUAGGGUUGUUUAAACAUCCCAGCCGGCUGCCGAACUCCACUAUGGGUCACGACUUUGUUUAGUGGGAGAACGACCCGACUUAGCCUGAUCCGCCUACGUGGUCGCUGUCGCUCUCACCGUAGGACUUAUGAAGGAGUGGGGGGAGAGGGGGGGUGGAGGAAGGGUAAAGAGACGGGGAGCAGUUUCCCGUACCUCUCUUAACUAAGUGGUUGCCAAAAUAUAAACGGUGAGCGGCAAAAUUUAACGGAACGGUAUUUAGCUUACAACAAGGACAAACACACACAAGCCGACAGAAGCAAGCUAGCAAGAACAAGCAAAAGGCAAAGGCAACAAUGCAAUAUUCGGCCUACCAGGGGGUCACUUGCCUUGUGGCCUCCUGCAGGGUUGCAGGCUAGGCCUCAUCUUGGGGUGACUGCGGUGAUCCGUGGGGCGUUUGACCGUGAGCUAAGAGAGUAGAGCAGGGUAGAGUGUAGGGAGAGUGAAGGGCGGAGAAUAGGUACGGAAGAGAAAUAAGGGGGCGGUCUUCCAGCCACUGGGUCAGUAGCUUGCUGAGUGCAUUUGGCCUCCUGUGGGGUUGCAGACGGAGCCUCAUCUCAGAGAAGCUGAGGCGGUGAUACGUCCAGCCAUCGAUGGUGGGGGCGGAGCCGAGUUACCGUUUACAGAAAUUCACACACGGAUACCCUCACCUGGUUUAGCCUACCGGUUGAGGCGGUUGCCGGGUAGUGGUGGCUAGGAAGGCCCUAGCUUCGGACACCCACCUGUGAGAGUUGGGUGCCAGUUAAUAGACGCUAGUCGAGUCUACGCCUGCAAGCAAGUAAGCGACCUACUACGACCGUCACGUGGACCGACAACUAGACACCCAUAUACCCCAUCCGCGCAUUACACGCCGAUCGACCUUGACAGGUACCAAUGAUGAAAAGCGUGUAGUUGUAUUUACAUACUCAUCUUUAUAGCGCGUUUACUGUUCUACUGAUCCCCAGGUUUUGAAGGACCCCACACUGACCGGCACAUUAUCUCUCAACCCCGGUGCCAAUAUGAGGAACGUGGAACAGGGUGUUAAACGACGGGUUUUACGUACCGCCUACCUGACACAUAACUGCCAACGUCCAGUGAGUCGCGUACGUUUCUGUCCGUACGAGGACGUCAUCGGCGUAGGUACUUCAGGCGGCAUCCUGUCCCUCCUCUGUCCGGGCAGCGGUGAGCCUAAUUACGACGCCCUGGAGGAGAAUCCUUUCGCCAAUCGUCGAUAUCGCCAGGAGCGGGAAGUUCGGCGUCUGCUUGAUAAAGUGAGUGGUUCUUGUUCGUUUUCUCUCCCCGCUUUUCCUAGUUUCUCCCAAUCGCCUACUCUUUGCUUCAUUUCAUACCGAUGAUACUGAUACUUUCGGCAAAACAAGACUACUACCGCUAAUCUCUGCGAACACUUACGGAAGAACAAUUACCACUGCCUAUAUUCUACUUUUAGUAGGCAAACAAGCGUUUGCUCAUAAUGUCCUCUUCUAAAUUCUUCAGUGGGCAUUUUCACUGCUUAGAAACAAGUAUUUUAAGAACUUCACUCCAUAACCGUUGACAGUAAUUAGUUUCUGUCCAGUCUGUUUAUUUCGUUCUUGCAAAUGACUGCCUUUAGGAUGGCUCUUAUGAGUCGUGCAGUUUUAUUUCUUGUGCCAGGGCCUUCGCAUGAAUUCGGUUUACGACUUGUCUUACUAUAUCCCGGUGGUCUGGGACUUCGCCCUGGCUGCUAUCAUGGACAGAUAGCUGCCUCGCUUCUUUCAAGGGUCAUGUUUGAAAGAUUGUUGAAUUAGAGCAUUUUACAGAUAAGAGUGAGAGGUUAAUUAGUCUGUAUUGGGUUGCUUCUCUCACAACGGCGUGCUUUAGCAUCUUACAUGCAGCGAGGGAUUUCUGUUGAUAAACUGUCGCAAAAUUUGUUAAUACCAAUAAAUCCUGCUGUGCAUGCCUUUUUAAGUUCUAUUUUCUAUCAUGAGAAUGAGAAUGCUCGCUUUGGAUUCUUCUUGAUUCCAUGAUUAGAGGUUGUGUUUGGUACUUAACAACAAUUCGUACUUUUCAUCCUGAACUCGUAAAAUAUAUGUCCACAUGACUUUAUUUUGUGUGAGCCUUAUUUUAUUGGGGGGUGCGCAAGCACUUUUAACUUACCUAGUCUGGUAUUCUUUAGGUUGCGCGCAAUAUGUUGAAACUAAGAUUGCAGCUAAACUUCGGGAAAGUUAAAAGACCUCUUAAAAAUUGCUACCACGACUUUUUUCGGAAGACAAUUUAUGUUUGACGAACGAUCGCUUUUAAUGAAAACUGAUCCCAUUCGCGCACAAGAUAUUUUAGUUGUUAAAUUCAUUUUCUUCUUAAAUGGCGGACAUUUAUUUACGGUAGGUGGGCUAACUCAUGAAAUGUCAACCGAAAUUCCGAAAUGCGUUUUCGUUUCGAUAAGAUUAAUUAAGUAGGGUUGUAAAACUAGUCAGCCUUCAACAUAACUCUACAAUAUUUCAGUUACCUAAGGAUGCCGGCUUUCGAACGAACUUCCUUCCGGCUGCAUGCAAAAACCACACUGUAAAAAAUGACUACUUAAGUAGCAGGCAUUUUUCUCAUUGAUUUUCGAUGCCCUUUGAAAUCCAAUUAUAUUUCGUGGAAAACAUGCAUAAAAAUAUCAUUCUUUCGCUCAUUUGGUAGAAAAUUGCGUCUUCCUCCAGUUUUAUGCUCGAGGGAAAAGUAUAAUUCCGUUUUAAAAAGUUUCUAAUUGUGGGACUUUUAAAUACCGUUUAUAAAUCGUCAUGUCUCUGCAUUUACGAUUGUGGCUUGUAAGGUUAACAAUAUGGAUCAAAUCCACUGCUAAAUUUUAUGAACUUACAUGGUCCCUCUUUAUUACCGUAGAGAAAUGUGUGGUUUUUCGUACGCGGAAAAUAUACGACUUGUAGUUUGGAAGCCCUGAAUCGAAGUGUAACGAUAGAGCGGAUUCAAAAUUAUUCGGGAAUUGGAAAUGUUUUUGAAAACCGAAUUACAUCCUUCCUUCGAGUAUAAGAUUGGAAGAAGACGUAAUUGUCUACCGAAUGAGCCAAAGGAUGAAUAUUUUUGUGCAUGUUUUCCAUGAAAUAUAAUUGGAUUUCAAAGGGCAUCGAAAAUGAGAAAAAUGCAUGCUACUCGUAUAGUCAUUUUUACAGUGUCGUCUUCGCAUGCAGCCGGAAGGAAGUUCAUUCGACAGCCGGCAUCCUGAGGUAAUGAAAUACUAUAGAAUUGUGUUGCAGGCUGGCUAGUUUUACAACACAACUUAAUUUAUCUUUUCGAAACGAAAACGCAUUUCGGAAUUUCCGUUGGCAUUUCAUGAGUUAGCCUAUCUAAUGUAGGUGACAUGUCAGAAUUUUCUGACAUUGUGCACUACAGCAUUUCAUGCUCACCUGUCGACGACCUGCUCUUCAUAGACUCCUCCUCCCCAAACUCGUAUUUCAUCAAUGAUUCGAAUAAGCUAUGACCAGUCAAGAGAGCACUUUUAUCGCCUAGCGCUUCGCUUACUGCUACUUAUGUUUUCAGUAAUUUAAAGAACAGUGGCCAAACUGACGUAGCUUUUCGAUAACAAGGCGUUGCGUUUGUUUGAUUCCCUUCAGUCAGGUUAGUUGCGCUCCCGUCUUGCAGGCGUACGGAGAAGACGCCUCACAAUCAAUAGUUUUUAAUUCUGGAUACUUUUUACUUCUACUCGCAGAAGCUAUUCGUUGCGGCCAUAAAUGGGAACGAAAACCCGGCGUAGGCUUUUGUAGGCCUACUUCACUCCCACGGAAUUGCAAGUUUAUUUCGUGGCCAGAUGAGGGCCUAGCAUACCUCCUGUUCCCCAGGCGCGUUGCCACCACCAACUCCUGUGGUUGAAUACUUACAAACGAAGUCCGCCUAUUCGGUCGCGGUCGUGUAGUCGUGUUCAAUAAUCCCUGAGGCAGUGUUAUCUUCUGUGAAAUCGGGGUAUCAGUCGAACUUCUCUUAAUUAAGUCGGUUAAGUUCGGUUGAUGGUAGGGUCUGAGUGGAGAGUCAGACUGGACCGCAUUACCCGCGGAUACGGUCCACAAAGACUACUAGAAGGGCGUAACAGUUGUAUGUCGCUUGUAUUUUUUCUGAUUAUGUCCAAAGCAUUCUGCAGCUGACUCCUACUGCCUACUGAUUCUAUCUUUGCAUAUAUCGCCGUCCUGCUUUGUCGCACGGCCGCCUGUAUGCACUCCGGGGAUUUUCUGUUAUACAAUUUUAGAUCCCGUCUUUUAAUACACCCCAUACUCGAGCAGACAUCACUGCUCUGUCUGCACCAUGCGCAGUACUCGAUGCUAGGCUGCUCACGCCAUAAUCCUCCAAACUGCGUUCACGACGGUGCGUCCCUCAACCAAAGAUAAAAAUAUCGGUGGUGUUGCGGCAUAGACGUCCUCUUGUUCCACCGUUAGUGAGCUAAUUAGAUGACGAUUUGCGAAGUUUCCACCGUAAACAUUGUUCGUGCUGACAGGCCUCCAAAACAUCUUCGGCGUAUUUUUCAGUCAGUCGGCCGAAAUCCCUCAGUUUACUAGUCAAGAUGCUGGCUACUAUUCCACCGUUUCCUUAGCAUUUGCCAGACUAAGGUCAGCAGUUGCUCUGACGCUACCACCUCUAACUUAAGAGACUGUCCAUAGGAAGUUUUGAGGACAAAAGGAUUUGUGUUUCCCGCAUGAUAUGCCUAUUUAGAUUGCAUUAAAAGAGUAAGGUUCUCUUGCACACGGUUUAAUCGCCAUGCUCUUGUUAUUACAGAUUCCACAUACUAUGAUUUCCAUCGAUUCCAUGCUGGGGAAGAUUCGUAAGGAGGACAUCGCGGACGAGUGGGAGAAGAAGAGAAAUGCCUUGGUGCGGUUUUUGUGCUUUUUUAUUUUGUGCUUUCCGAUUAAUUAACCGAGGCAUUUUACUUAGUUGCAACUUUUUCUUAAAAAGGCUCUUUUAGGCCAAUCGCCUAUUUCAGCUCAUUGCGGGCUUAGACCCCCAGGCGAAAUGAGGACAAAAUUUCGUACUUGGCAACUGCGUACGCCUAUAUGAUAACAAAAGUAAUUUUUACAAAAGGCUUUUGAGCCCCAAUGCAGUCGAAAGUUUUUUUCACGAGUUCGACCCCAUGCCUGCAGGUCUUUGACGGACAUCUGUGGAUUGCCCUGUUAAAAUAAUCUAACUUCCCCAUGCCAUCCAUAAGGGGCUUUAACUCAUUGGCACAAAAUGUGCUAUCGGGUCUGUAAUGUUAUGCUGAAUUAUGAGAACAGUUUUUGAAACUGUAGCAUCCUCAUUUCCGCCACUCUAACGAUAACAUAACUUUCGAGCUUGCCUGUGACCUGUGGAAUAUGCUGAAGAUACGACCUUGUCAUUUUAAAGUUUCCAUGGGCACUAUGUUAUCCAGCACAAUAAAGACCAUUGUAUUUCCAUAUAACCCUUAUCCGAAUCCUGGACGUCAGAAUUCGAGCUUAAUUCCGAAUGCGCCAGCACUGGUCAUUCCGAAAUCCCCAUAAUUUUUGACAGCGCUCUUCGAGUGUGAAACUAUCAAACUGACGAAGAUGCGUAAAAAUUCGUCCAAUGCCUUGUUUUAACAUUGACUCUCAGAUUUUUCUGCUUGUCUGAAGUUGUUUGAGACCUUAAAACGCUUUGGUUUGGUAGAGUUUCACCUGGAUGGUACAUACUGUGAAUUAUUUCUGUAUGCUACCGGCAAGGCAAUUUUUUGAAAAUUAGAUGACAUUUCUUCAGCGCGCCGUUUUAUAGUCCCUUAGAAACCUCUUCAAUAAGUAUGUAUGCACCCGAUCACUGUUAGAAACGUUGUGCCGCGCAUUUUGCACACGCUUGUUUUUGCCGUCCCUACUUCAUGGAUGCCAGGAGUUAUCUGUCUAAAAUUACCAGUGUUCGAGAGUUUGGACAAAUUUCUGCGCAUAAGAAAUUUUCUAAAAGAUGCGACAACCUUCGUGUUUUUUUACUUCAUUAGUAUAGCUACUCCUGCUUUCCCUCUGAAAUAGCAAUCACUUUCAAGACAGAACCUGCCCUUACUGUUUAGAAAGACAUACGAGGAGUGUCUUUGAAUUCCUCCCUUUUUUCUACAGAUAAGUAGUUUCUACCCGGAGCCACGUCUCGGGAUUAUGGUUACACUUCUUCACAAUCAUACUAUUCUUACGAUACGUGCAAAAACUUCCGUUCAUAGUUGAAAACCUUUAUAUCGUCACCUGUCUCAUCAAAUUAGAUGAUAGAGACAGUUCCACUGAGAAUCGAAAAUAUCUUGCCCGACAAGCCUUUUUUAAUGUUGCUACUUCUUAAAUUUUCCCAGAAAUCUACAUUUUUACGGAGGUUUUUUAAGUUUUGUCCCGAAAGUUGACAUGUUUGAGCUAAAUCUCAUCUGCGUCAGUAAAGUAACCGCAUAAUGCUCACAUUAUGCCAGUAGGCAAUCAGCUAAUGCACGCUAAGGUGAUUUCCUUCACUCCCAGAACAGGUGCUAUCUAAAAGAUCCAGACGUUUUCCUGCUAUUUUUGGCGAGCCCCCUGAGUGUGGGUUCGUCCAAGUGAGCAGUGGCUCGAAUACCGAUUUUACCAUUUCCUUUAAAAGCGUGGUUCAUCGCAACGAUCAAACAGUAAGCAGUUGUCUUUUACAAACGAGUGGCCCCUGUCCCCGCCCCUCCCGUCGGUGACCUGACUUACUAUGGCAGUUUAGAAUGUCUGUGUGGGUUAGCUAACCCAAUGGCCAGCCGACCGUCAAGGAGGACAGCUGCUGUUGCCCGAUACAACGUAGACAUCAUUACUCUCAAUGAGUCUUAGUUCUCAGAACAAGGAUAACUAAAUGGAACUGGAGCAGGAUAAAUUUGCCUUGGGGGCGGUUGUCGCAAGGGGCGCAAUGCCGGGGUCGCAUUCUCCGUCUGAAAUGUCACCACGCAGAAGUUGCCCUCCCUGCCGCAGAAUUAACGACCGACUUGUAACAAUAAAGCUGUCGCCUUUCGUGAAAUAAUCUGCCACCUUCCCUAGCACUCACGCCCCAGAAAAACCAAAUUUGGACCUGCUGAAGGACAAGCUCUGCGAAGCUCUGCAUUUCCUGCCCCUGUUUGUGCCUGGUACGGACAAGCUGAUUGUCCUCGAGGAUUUUAGUAAAAAUUUGGCGAUUAGGAAUCGCCAUAACUUGAUAGUGACAUUACUCUGGAUUCGACAAAAGAAGCCCCCUGGCGGGGGAAAGGCUCCCGAUAGGCUAAGCGUAGGUGGCUUAGAGAAGACGAUCAUCAGACUGUAGUUAUCCCUAGACCCGAGGAUAAAUUGUAACGACUGUAGAAGCGCUUUUUCGGGUGCCUGUUGCAACACCACUUCUCACUGUGCGUGUAGAAGACGAAAGGGAACUGAAGGUGUUUGUGAGCCUUUGCUUGAGAACUCUACCUCAUGUGAGAUUCCUUAGGUUCUCCAAUGAGACAUUUCGUACUCGCCGUGACAACGUCACGAGACCACCUCAGGGCAUCCAAAAAUAACAUUUAAAGUUUUGGUGCCUCCCCCCUCGCCCUGCUCAUGGGUUUAGCGUUGCUGUCCUUCAUUCUGCGUAGCUGUCUAGCUGGAGGCGGUGAAGAGGUCGGGGCAAAAUCUGUCGCCGAGGACGAGGGUGGAUUGAGAUUUUCAGAUCCCCUGUUCGUAGCCCGCGGCGUAGACGCGGCUACUGUACUACGCGGAAAUUUGAACCUGCCAGUUCCAAACGAGAAAACUCCAGCACCCGUCACAACCGGUUUCGGAUGAUGUAAAGAGUGUUCAAUGUCCAAGUCGGCUCCAGCCACCGAUACUGUUUCUCACACGCCAGCUGUAUCGAAACUGUUCACCACACAAUUGCCUUCAAACGUUUUGUUCAAACUACAAACGCAGCCUAAUAAUAAUGGAUCAACUAUCGAUGUUCUUGUGGACAGCGAAUGGCGGUUUACCACGGCAGUGAGGAAGCCAGUGAUUUAUGGAAGGAUUUGCCAAUUCAGGGCCGCAUAGCAAUAUCUCGAAAUUCGCACUUGUGUUUAUUGUGGAGCUGUGGACUUGUCAUUUUAUUCCAUCCGAGACACCAUUUUCUGAUCGUUAAACUUCUGUGGAUGCUGCAUCCCAUGCUGUUCUGGCUUUUCUCAAUACUCGCAAUAGACGGAUGGCCACGUACUUCAUUUGUAAGCUUUCUUCCAUCCACCCCUGAUACUGAAGUACAAAUUUCUCAUAGACGUUCAUCGGCUGCUCGUAGAUUUUAAGUGUCCGUGCCAACCUUUAUGUGCGAUUCAUUAGUGUGAUGUCUCUUGGAUGUCCUUUUUGUUAUUGCUUUGCUUUUUUUGCAUAAUUGAUCCCCGUUGCCUUCUGACUUUAUUUGGCUGCUAUUUAGCUUGGAGAAAUACCUAAAGUGGGGAUGCCCAAGGUCAACCGAAAAAAGAAGAAGGGAGGCUCGAAGCCCGGACGAAUUGAGAAGAAAAAACAGCUUAUUCGUCUUGAGAGAAAACUGUUCGAGGUUUCGAGUAUGCUUCGUCAGAAGGUGCCGCGUCUCGGGAAGGAUAAGAAGGAGAAAAGAGGAGAACUCAACAGCGACCUGUUUGUUAGCGAAAAGCGUACCAAACGGAGGACAAAGUCGGCGCUUGAUGUACUCAUAUCGAAACAGAAUUAA